UACGCUUCGGCCACUCGACGAGGGCUGACCGUUAGGCGCGCAUCGAAACACUUCGGUUGUAUUGUUGUGCUCGUCAAGGUGAAUGUGAAAUAAGCAUCUUUUUUGCGAGAUCGCCGGAGAAUGUGGAACUGUUUUGUUGUUCUCUUCCCGCUGUUCUUCGGAAUCGAUUUGACUUUCUCGAGAAUUUCACUGGAGACGUCGACAAUUGACUUUAAGCACUUAUUGGAGGAAGAACUCUCGAAGGACAGUGGCUGCAAGAUAUCUUUGAAUAAAGAUCUAAGCCUAAAGCAGCCACUGUUUCUUGUUCCGGGAACGACGAGAUAUUUCACGCCGAUUAUCAAUACCACAGACCUACUGUUUCACGAGGGGGAACUGAUAGAACUGUUUUGUACGCGUGGUUUUGCCGAUUCUAAAGCACACUCAAUCGUCACUUCAUGCAACGGAAAUGAUGAGUUUGUUUACGGAGAUGAACUCUACAACAUAUCACAGCUAUCUUGCAAAAGCCCUGCUUUCCACGUUGCAAUCCGGACCGAUGAGCGCUGUUUCAACAAUGGCACCCUAGUGAAGAUCGGAUUUGAACUGGACACAAGAUUCCUACAGCUUUACGAGGUGUGUUUCGACGAGAUAGUUCGCCGCACACAUUACGUUAAACAUCACCUGUCACCCUGGAAUAGCAGACAUCAACCCACCACCAGGCCUUACUUUAUUCAGGGUGCUUUUUUUCCGGACACCAAAAUAUCCAAUCUGUAUACAUUCGAAACUCAGAAGCGAACUUUGGGUAGAAUCCUUGGGUCACCGGAACGUGCUGACGCUCUGUUGGAUGUCAAGAAGGAUCUCUUUCUCGCGCGCGGCCAUUUGGCUGCGAAAGCGGACUUCUUUUUUAGCCACCAUCAAAGGGCUAGCUUUUGGUUCAUUAACGCAGCUCCUCAGUGGCAGAAGUUCAAUGCCGUCAACUGGCAGCGUGUCGAAACCGGAGUGAGGGAUCUCAUUGCUCGGCGAAAUAUGCAUGUAACCGUUUACACGGGAACGUACGGAGUGCUGGAACUGGCAGACGCCAAUGGAGAUAUGAAGGAGAUCUAUUUGGAUUUCGAUCCUGACGGAGACGAUGAGGGACGGGUGCCGGUGCCGAAGAUCUAUUAUAAAAUUCUUCAUGACGAGGAGAAUGAUGCUGGAAUUGUGUUGGUGGGAGUGAACAAUCCACACGCUACUUUGGAGGAGAUCGAAGAGGGGUACAUCUUUUGUAAUGAUCUUUCCGAUAGAAUCAAUUGGGUGCAAUGGAAACGGGAUUAUAUCCCCGGUGGAUAUUCGUACGCUUGUGAUGUGAACGAAUUCAAUGCUAUGACGAAGCAUCUUCCACUGCCGAAGAUUUCGCGAUUGCUAGUUUAGGUAAUUCAUUAUGAUAGAUACGUACCAACAGUAAUAGUGUUAGAAAAAUGUAAACAAUACUCAACGGAAGCAAGUUGUUCGCCAUUACUGGACUGGUUAGUGAACGAAGAUAGUUUUUGAACUGAAUGUGUUGUGUAGUUGUUUUGAUUCAUUCACUUGUUGUACGCUGACUAAGUUUGAUAAUUAGGGUUGAUAAUGAAACGCAAAUUGGCAUAGCUAAUUAUGGUGGGGCCAUGUUCACAUUCGUCAAUGUUGGAAGCUGACUGACUGCAGAGAGUUGAUAUUGAAGACAAUGAUAUUAUUUAUUAAUAUUUAUUUAGCCAUAA